AUCACUUGAGUUGUCAAACCAAAUACCUAGGUGUUUCGAUGAAACUUCUGCAAUUUGCGUAAAAUAAUGAAAACUCUUACUGAAUUCUUUGUUUUGUAAUUUUUUCAUGCCACAUGAACUUAAAUUUAUGAUUCAAGAAAAUAUUUGGUCAUCAUGGCUUUGAAAAAAGUCAAAGGAAAUUUCGAAAGAAUGUUCGAUAAAAAUCUCACGGAUUUAGUACGAGGAAUAAGAAACAACAAAGAUAAUGAGGCUAAGUACAUAGCACAAUGUAUGGAAGAAAUUAAGGUGGAAUUGCGACAGGAUAACAUUGCCGUGAAAGCUAAUGCAGUUGCCAAGUUGACAUAUCUUCAAAUGCUAGGAUAUGAUAUAUCAUGGGCAAUAUUCAACAUAAUAGAAGUCAUGAGUUCAAAUAAAUUUACAUACAAGAGGAUUGGCUAUCUGGCUGCCAGUCAGUCAUUCCAUGCAGAUUCCGAGUUGCUCAUGUUGACCACAAAUAUGAUUCGUAAGGAUCUGAAUGCUCAAAAUCAGUAUGAAGCAGGACUUGCCCUCAGUGGACUCAGCUGUUUCAUUUCUCAUGAUUUGGCAAGAGAUCUUGCCAAUGAUAUCAUGACCUUGAUGAGCUCUACUAAACCAUAUCUCCGAAUGAAGGCCGUACUUAUGAUGUACAAGGUAUUUCUAAGGUAUCCUGAAGCUCUAAGGCCGGCUUUCCCUAAACUGAAAGAAAAGUUAGAAGACCCUGAUCCUGGUGUUCAGUCAGCAGCUGUGAAUGUUGUCUGUGAACUAGCUCGGAAGAACCCCAAGAACUACUUGUCUUUAGCACCUGUCUUUUUUAAGUUGAUGACAACCUCAACUAAUAACUGGAUGCUAAUUAAAAUAAUUAAAUUGUUUGGUGCCUUAACCCCAUUAGAGCCUCGACUUGGCAAGAAACUGAUAGAACCAUUAACUAAUUUAAUACAUAGUACGUCGGCGAUGUCGCUACUGUACGAGUGUAUCAACACGGUGAUCGCGGUGCUCAUCAGCAUCAGCUCGGGCAUGCCGGGCCACGCCGCCUCCGUGCAGCUGUGCGUGCAGAAGCUGAGGAUACUCAUCGAGGAUAGCGAUCAGAACUUGAAGUACUUAGGACUGCUGGCCAUGUCGCGAAUAUUGAAGUCCCACCCGAAAUCGGUGCAGGCGCACAAAGACCUGGUGCUAGCGUGUCUUGACGACAAGGACGAAUCUAUCCGACUGCGAGCCCUGGGCUUGUUGUAUGGAAUGGUAUCCAAGAAGAAUCUAAUGGAAAUAGUGAAGAAACUCAUGGUUCACAUGGAGCGCGCCGAAGGAACAUUGUACCGUGACGAGUUAUUGACGCGCAUGAUAGAGAUUUGCUCUCAGAACAACUACCAGCAUGUGGUAGAUUUCGAAUGGUACGUCACCGUAUUAGCCGAGCUCACGGAGAUGGAGACCAGUGCUAAACAUGGUAUAAUCCUCGCCCGUCAGCUGACAGAAGUGGGCGCUCGAGUGGCCGACGUCCGCGCGUUCGCCGCCCGCGAGAGCGCCGCCAUCUGCGCUCGUUGCGCCGCCUCCACUCCGGGCCCCGCCUCCAGGGAGGUUCUGUACGCCGCAGCGUUUGUACUCGGGGAGUACUGCGAAGAGGAGACUGUGAUGCGCGAGUCGAUCUCUCCUCUCACUUUGUGCGCCGGCGUCGGCGGCGGCCACAUGAGAGCACGUGCUGUGUGUGUACACGCGGCGCUGAAGCUGGCCGCCAAGCUGCUGCUGCGGUACGAGCGAGCGGGCCGAGCGCAGCAAGCCAGCGAGGUGGUGCGUGAAACACUAGCUGGCAUGCGGCCACUUCUUUGCAGCGAAGACAUGGAGGUUCAAGAGCGGGCCCACAACGCCACCGCCUUGCUGACGUUGGUAUUACGUCGACUCGAUCCCACGGACGAAAAUCUCCCACCGGCUGAUAUGCCUGAUAUUGCCACACUUGUAGACCAUGAGCAGAGUAACGGCCUUGAGAAGGAAGCGGAGGAUGUGAACAUGAAUGGUGAGAAUGGCCAGGGCUUCAGCGGGGGGCUGAUAGAAGAGCUGGCAGAUUUGUUCGACGGUGAACUCAAACCCGUCGCGCCUAAAGCACAGAAGAAAGUACCGAUGCCACCUGACCUAGACCUCAGCCAAUGGUUAUCGGUGUCGCGCUGGUCCUCCGACAGCUCCUCCUCGGAGGACGAGGAGGCCGAGGCGGUGUUCGCGGCGCCGCCGCCCGACGGGCGCCCCACGGCGCAGUUCACGCCCGAGGAACUGCAAAUGCUACGCGAGGCGCGUCGCCAAGAGCAGGCUAACAAUCCUCAUUACCUGAAAGAUGACUCCCCGCGCUCCUACCAACAGGACGAUAUCCCCGUCGCCGAGAUCGCAUUGGAAGUGCCACUGCAAAUACACACUAAGAGAUCUGACAAGUACUUAAUGUCGAAGGAAACUUCAAAGAAAACUAAGAAAGAGAAACGGCCGUCCAAGAAGCGAAAGAGCAAAAAAGAUAGACUUUCUUCUGAAUCCGACAGCAGUGAGGAGGCCCCCGCGUGGUCGCGGCCGGCGGUGGCGGCGGGCGGCGAGCUGCCGGCGGGCGCGGCGCCGUCCGACGACGAGCCCGCGCCCGCGCGCGACGACCCGCACCGCGCGCUCGACCUCGACCUCGACCUGCCCCUUCGCGAAGAAGAACUAUUAACGUCCAGAAUAAAUCAGUAUCCGUCACCCGAGAGUGGUCUUUUACAUAAAAAAGCAAAAGAAUCCAAGAAAAACAAAUCUUCCGCCAAAGAUGGCACUGAAAAAUCUAAGAGAAAGAAAGAUAAGAAAACUAAACAUAAUAAAGAUUUAGUUUUAAUGCUAGAAGAGAAUAAGAACGCAAAGGAAGGGUUGCUUAUAGAAGACCUGAGCAAACCUGAUGAGGUAAAGGGGGCGGGCGACGGAGAAACACUAGUCGACAAUCAUGUGAAGAACAGUAAGACUGAAAAAUAUAAGAAGUCGAAGAAGGAUUCUAAAGACAAAGAGCUCAAGAAAAAGAAGGCCUCCAAGAAAGAUAAGCAUGAAACAAAAACGGGUUAUGAAGAAGCAUUAGGUAUAUCAACCCCGAGCAAGGAGGUUAUAUAGUGUACAUUACAUAGAAUCAUAUUGUAACGUUCCAAUGAGGGAAAAAAUGUCGUCGUUUAAAAUCGUAUCAGUAUGGCAAGGACGGCGAUACACCCGUUAACAUUUUUCUUAUUGGUACGAAUUGUAUUUGGCCUUCGUCUUUAACAUUAUCUUGAGCUCGUCACAGUGCAAUCAUUGUUUGAACAAUUUAGUUUUUUAUUUUUUAUGAUUAGUCCACCAGCAUGAAAUAUAUGUAGGCAUUGUUUUCAUUCGUAUUACAAAUGAACCAUGACCACUUAACUAAUGAUGUUAUAUUCUUUAGGCUAUAUGUAUUGUAAAAAGGCAAACAAAAAUAAAUACAAAAAUAUAUAAUCAUGUACAGUUUAUUAAAAGCUAUAUGGAAUAAAUAA